AUGAGUCGAAACAAACGAGACGUUUUCUAUGCGGGAGAUGACUCCGAUGUGGAAGCCACCGCCUCGGACGUAUCCUUCCAGCUGGACUCGGAAGAUGCGUCGGAUGGAAGUUUAACGACAGAACUGACCGAGCCGGAACUUCGACAUUCGCUCCCUCAUGGCCAGCGGACCUCUCACCCUCGAGGUUCUGUACAGGAAUCAUUCAACAGCGACCUUCUACCGGAUUUUAGUGAUGACCCGGACGAUAACACGGACGGUCGAAGAAAACAAAAACCCGAAGGGUUCGGAUUGAGCAGCGUUGGCACAAGUAUUGUCGCACAAAGACCGCUGAGCCUGGUGCUCUUCCCAAAUGGAAGAAUGCAGAAAUUGCCCUCCAUCAGGCGACACCUGACGAUAUUUACCGGUUCUUGA